CCCGCUCUGAGGACCAGCAGUGGUGCGGAGGGGCGUGCAGCGGGGAUGGGGUGGCGUGGAGCCCGGCAAUAACCCGCAGCUGGGAGUGCGGCCCGGGCCAUGGAGAUCGAGAACAUCGUAGCCAACACGGUGCUGCUGAAAGCCCGGGAAGGCAAACGGAAUGGGCGCAGUAAAAAGUGGAGGGAGAUGCUGAAGUUGCCACCCAUCAGUUAUUGUGAAGGCCUCAGAUGUUCAAUUGAAAAGGACUAUAACCAGCUCUGUGACAAGCAGCCGAUAGGGAAACUUCUCUUCAGGCAGUUCUGUGACACUAAGCCAGAUUUGAAGAGGUGCAUUGAAUUCCUGGAUGCAGUGGCAGAGUAUGAAGUGUCUUCAGAUGAAAAGCGUAAAGACUGUGGCCUGGAAGUUCUAGCGAAAUAUUUCACCAAUGGGUCUGCAGCCCAUUUGCCAGAAAUACCUCAAGAUACAGUGGAUGAAUGCAAGGCAAGGUUGGAGAAGAAUCCUUCCAAAGAACUCUUUAAGGACUGCACAAGAGUUAUUCAUGAUUAUUUAAGUGGAAGACCAUUUGAGGCUUAUCAAGAAAGCACGCAUUUCUCACGGUUUUUACAAUGGAAAUGGUUAGAAAGGCAACCAGUAACCAAGCACACGUUUAGGCAUUACCGAGUACUAGGCAAAGGUGGAUUUGGAGAGGUAUGUGCCUGUCAAGUGCGGGCAACAGGAAAAAUGUACGCUUGUAAAAAGCUAGAAAAGAAAAGAAUAAAGAAGAGAAAAGGAGAAUCAAUGGCUUUAAAUGAAAAGAGAAUUUUAGAAAAAGUGAAUAGUAGAUUUGUAGUUAGUUUAUGCUACACCUAUGAGACUAAAGAUGCUCUAUGUUUAGUAUUAACCAUUAUGAAUGGAGGAGAUUUGAAGUUUCAUAUAUACAACAUGGGAGAUCCUGGCUUUGAUGAAAAAAGAGCUGUUUUUUAUGCUGCAGAGCUAUGCUGUGGCCUGGAGGAUUUGCAGAGAGAGAGAAUUGUUUACAGAGACUUGAAGCCUGAAAACAUCCUUCUUGAUGACUGUGGACACAUCAGAAUUUCAGACCUUGGAUUAGCAGUACAAAUCCCAGAAGGAGAAACAGUCAAAGGGCGAGUUGGAACUGUUGGAUACAUGGCUCCAGAAGUCAUCAACAAUCAAAGCUAUACAUUCAGUCCUGAUUGGUGGGGUCUUGGCUGCCUAAUUUAUGAAAUGAUUGAAGGACAAUCUCCAUUCAGGAAGCGCAAGGAAAAAAUCAAACGGGAGGAGAUAGAACGAAGAGUAAAAGAAGAGCAGGAGGUGUAUUCAGACAAGUUUUCAGAGGAGGCAAAAUCUAUCUGCAGGAUGUUAUUUACCAAGGAUCCAAAGCAAAGAUUGGGCUGUGGUGUCGAUGGAGCUGCUUCUGUAAAACAGCAUCCCAUUUUCAAUGAUAUUAACUUCAAGAGACUGGAAGCAAACAUGUUAGAUCCACCUUUUUUGCCAGAUCCACGUGCAGUGUAUUGUAAGGAUGUCUUGGAUAUAGAACAGUUCUCCACAGUAAAAGGAGUGAACCUGGAUACUGCAGAUGAUGACUUCUAUUCCAGAUUUGUUACUGGUUGUGUUUCAAUCCCUUGGCAAAAUGAGAUGAUUGAAACAGAAUGUUUUGAAGAUAUCAAUGCAUAUGAAAUGGAUAGCACCUUGACACCAGAUGUGGACAUGAGCAAACAUACUCCUAGACCAAAGAAAGGCUUCUUUCACAGACUGUUCAGAAGAAUGGUCUGCUUUAAAUCGAGUUACAGUGAUAAUGAAGAGGAGUCCUCUAGACUUUGAAUUAACUUUACUGUCACCAAAAACAAAGGAUGACUGAGCUUCAAAUGUUUUAUAUCUCUGGAGCAGAGUAUAUUAUAACUUUUAUAAAAAUUAGCUAUGUUUUUGUACAUUUGUAUUUCAGUUAAGAUGUAUAUUUUCCCGGUUUUUUUUUUUUUAAUUGUACAGAAAGCCAUGAGUACCACUUAAAAGUGUGUGUGCAUGUGUAAAAUAAUUACAUUUGUAAUUCUAAUGAGUCUAAAAAUAUUGAAAGGGUUUUUAGAGCACAGCUAAUAUCUGUGCCUAGAGAUAUUUGGUUUUCUUCCUAACAACUCAACUUGGAGGCUCUGUUUCUUAUUCAGAGGAGCUGUGAGGGGUAUUCUUAACAGUACAGUUUUGUAUUGAUUUAGCCAAAUAUUUCUGGUGUUAAAAGCACUUCAAUACUAUUGGAUUUCAGGUUGCAAUCUAAUGUAUUUCUUAAAUAAUUUAAAAUGAAAUCAUUAGGAAAAGAAGAAAUGAAUUUAGUACACUGUGACCAGUUGAUGUAAAGUUUUUUUUAAUCUGUUUUUGUUUCUAGUGUGUUUCAAAAUGUAUGUUUUAUAUAUUGUGCAUUCUGAACAUUGCCUUGAUCUUGCAACAAUCUUCAUCUUGCUAAAUAUUGAUUGAAGGGGAUAACAGUGGCUUUCUCAGCAACUAUUUAUAUACCCUGUCCCCCACAUGCCUUAUAAGAAAGAUUAAGGUUAUUAAUCUUUCUGUAGUGUUGGGAUCGUUUCCUUUCUGUUCAUAUAUUUGGAGCAAGACCUGAGCAUAAGAGAGGACUUCCAGGUUUGGGUUCUUUUUUUUUUUUUCUUUCUGAAGUGGUAAUUUAUGCUUCUGGUAACUCCUCCUUCCCUUUAGAUAAAGCUUACAAAUAAGGUUCUUGUCUACAUUGCAAGUAGAGCCGUGCUCCUAUACAACUCAACUGUGUUUCAAAUACUUCAUACUUUAUUACUAUAAUUACUAUAAAAGCAGCGUGCAUAAUGUUGUGUUUUUCCCUUCUCCCCCUUCUUAACUAAGACUAUGCUAUCAUCCCCAUGAUGUAGUCUAUAAUGUGGUAUACUGUGCAUGAACUGUAAAAGGGAUAGAAUUUAACUUUACUACACAAUACUUCACUACUUAUUUCCAUUGCAGUUUCUUCUAUUUGAUCACUGAGUUGAUGAUCACCUCUGAGGGAAAUCAAAGUGUUUGUGUAAUUAAUUUUAAUGCUGACAAUCUUCAUGAAUUUUCAAACAUAUCAAGGAUGAGUAAUUCUCUGAGAAUUGGGUACCCCGGUACUUUUUGUAGGUGGAGCCAGGUACUGUUACUUCUAGAUAAGAUUUCCUGAAACAUCGUGUUAAAAGCCCCUUUUUCAGCUGCUUGUAGCUCAUAUCCUUUAACCUCUUGGUCCUAGAGCUUUGUGUAUCAGAUUUCUGUCUGUUUUUGAAAGUUUCAGAUAAAACUCAAUUGCUUCCUGAAAUAGCUGUUUCAUUGUGAAGCUCUCCUAGUCUAUUCUUUGGGUCAGACACUUUAAAUUUGAUAAGGCCAUCUCCCUGGAGUCGGAUAUGCCUCUUGCCAUUUCCAGAAAAAUGUGCUCAAGUUAUUAGUUUUUGAAAAAACUGGUUUGCACAUGCACAGUAGAAACUUACCUGCUUGGUAAAUUCCCUGAAGUUUAUGCCUCCAGUGAACAUGCAUCAUACCAUCACAGCUACAAACAAACUGGACCACAUAUGUUCUAUGUGUACAGAGCAGCAGAGCUUGCUUCAACUCUUUUUCUUGAAAUUUCUUCUCUUAGCUGGUAGAGGCUGCUUUGUCUGGAGCACAAGCUCUGAGAAAAGGGAGCUCUCUUGUGCUCUCAGUACUCCUUUUUGCUGCCUCCUGGGUAGUACAGAGAAGGGGGAAGAGUGCUCACUAAUGCACAGGGAGUAGUUGAAAGAUAUCUAAAGGGACUGUAUUGGAUGGGACCAGAGAGAAUGGGGUUAGGAUGUGGAGCAGAAUAAGACAGGGGCAAAGGCCUGGAUAUAACCUGGAGUUUAUAGGGGGCUGGAGGAGGAACUGAAGUUUGUGAGAUUUACUUUUUCUGUACUUGAUAAAUAGUAAUUCUCAAAUGUGAUCACUUCAACUGUGGAAAUCCUCAGGCUUAUUGUAGUGAUAUCAAGGUGAUAUUAACCUUGGACAUAUGGAAUGACAGCUUGGAUUUAAUGCUUGCUUAGAGCAAUUUGCAAUUUGGGCAGGAAUACUAUGGACACAAGCUGAGUGGUUUUGAUGACAAAGCCACAAGAAGCAACUGUAACAAAGAAAUGGAAACAAUAUUUAUAUUUACCGUGUACUGUAAGUUAUCUAUGCUUUAGAUCAGUAGUGCUCUACCUUUUUCCUCAGUGGACCACAUGGGCAGUGCCAGGUCUGUCUGAGACCCGGAUCCAGGAAGUGGUCCUGAUCUGGCACCCCUGGUGGACACAGUGUGUACCAUCCAGCUGCAUAGAGGGUUUGGGGCAGCCUGGCCCAGCAGGGGAGGGGAGCAUAGCUUGGACCCAAGGGGGAAUGGGGAUGUGGCCUAGCCCCAAUCUGGCCCCACAGGAGGGCAAGGGGGCAUGACCUGGCCCCAACCCACUCUGAUCCAGAUGUGUAGGGAGGUGUGGUCCAUGGGGGGAAGGGAGCACAGCCUGACUCCAACCAGUUGUGCAGAGCUUGAGGUUCAGGAAUUUGGCUGUGGGGAGAGUGGCCAUAUUAAUGGCCACUGCUCCCCCACCACCAAAUUUCUUGAUGGGGAGCCCCACAGGCAAGAUUAAAUGGUUCUGCUGGCCACAUUUGGCCCAUGGGCCAGAGGCUGAGCACCCCUGCUUUCAGUAGAAAAAUAUCCAAAACUGCAAAAGGUACUGAGACAACUUCCUGCCUAAUAAUGUACCACUUCAUUGCAGUAGUUCUGGCAGUGGCUCAUUGUGGUUAGGAGGUGGACGAUAACUUUGCAGUUGAGUAUUGUUUACCAAACUCCUUUUGAAAAGAUACUGGGCCAAGAUUUGUCCUAUGAAUGUGGAGGUGAAUUCUCUACUGAUUUUUCUGUGGGAUCUGUGCGUAUGGUUUUGAGCAAAACGUGACUUUGUAUGUAACUAAGUAUGACCUAUAUUGUUUGAAAUUAGGAUAAAUGAUACUAAACUACAUUUCUGCUCCUUUACUUCUGCUAUUCAAAAAAAGCUGCAGUUCCUAUCAAAUGUCUGGGACACGGAUGCUCAACCCCUAGCCUGUGGGCUAGAUCUGGCCCCCGGCACAAUGUCGUAUGGCCCACAAGGCCCAAUCAAUAUGUAUGGUGGGGGGGAAAGGGGGGAGGGUCAGCACAGGGCCCAAUCCUGGCAUGUGGAGGCAGUGCAGAGUCCCAGGGCCAGUUCCAGCAAGUGGGCCCAGGUGGUGCCCUGGAGCCUGAUCCCAGGUGAGCAGCAGUGGUGAAGGCCCACAUCCAACUCAUGGACCAGCCCUGAACCAUUUGGCCCAUGGGGCCAAAACCUUGAGCAUCACUGGUCUGUGAAGAUCCCUGUUCAAUCUUGUGUCAACUCUAUAGAGCCUAUAUUUACAGGCAACCUUCCAAAGAAGAAAAGGGCAGUCCUGCCCUGUUUUGAGAAGAAAAGUAAGAGUUUUUUUAACUACCCAGUCAGAUGCUUGCUGCUAUUACUUCCCACCAUACUCUUACCCAGUGAUAUAGGUGUUCUUAGUUCUCUGUGUAGAUCAACACACUCUUACAGUAACUUUGUUCCCAAAGGGAAAUGCUGUUCCUACAUGAACAAACAAACAAAGAAAAAGUAGGAGUGGUUUGAAUCAUAACUGUUUCAGCCUUUGCCACCAACUGAAUUUUUGAUCAUUGUUGUCAUAAAUAGGUGAGUUACAUGAACCAUGGAGUAAGGGACUCCCAGUCGAGAUUUCUGGAUUUUCUUCUUAACUUUGCCAGCAUCUUACAUUUUACAAAUCAUUGGUGCAAAAUGUAUGUGCCGUCUACCACAGGGGAGAGCUUAGGUUUAUGUAAUGAUUUUGAGAUUACUCUCUGAAUGGAAGAAGCUAGAUCAGAUGUUCUUCCUCUCUCCCUUCUUUCCUCUUCUCUGCCCUCCACCCCAAUGUGUUAGGGUUUUUUGGUCAAAUUGUCCAUUUUCAUAACUUUCCAAAUGAGCUCAAAACCAGUACUGUUCAUGUAAACUUUUUGUCUCUACAUAUAAUAUUUUAAUGACAAAAAAGGAGUUGGUGGACUGAAAAGUUCUGUUUGCAAGGAUGUCCCUUCAGCUUUUUCUAUGAAGCUGUAAAGCCAAAGUGAUUUUUUUACAAUUUUUUUUGCAUAGCGUAGCUCAGAAAUAACAGUUGAUUUCACUGUAGCUACAUCUGUGUAAAACGAGAGAUGAGAGAGAGGAUUACAGAUUUGUGUGUUACUCAUGUGGCUUUUAAUAAUAACAAAAAAGUGACAAAAUUCUGGGCCUGAUGGCUCUGUUAAAUUCAUUUGAUAUCAGUGGAGUUACAGAAGUGUGAAAUCAGUCCCUCGUACCUUUAGUUCAUGUACUCAUAUGUUGGUAUCUGUAAGUUCUUCAUUUCUUAAAGUCUGUUUGUUCAGACAUCAUGAAUCUGCAUAUUUAGCUCAAAUUGUCAAAGCUGUGAAAUUGUCAUGCCUCAGGGUGUCUUUUUUCUUUACAGAGUUUUUCUGCUUCCUCAUUGUGUUUACUGUUAAUUAUUGAAAUGGCAUUAUGCUUCUGUGGUCAUCAGAUCAUAGAGGAGAUGGAAGGGGCCUCAAAAGGUCUACUCUGUUUCCCAGCCCCAGAGAUGUACAUCACCCACACAGAUGUCUCCAUUUGAAAAUGUCAGCACUUAAGAAGAAUUCCUGCACCACGUUGUGUUGUCUCAGGGAACACCUGUGGUAGCCAUUAGCAAAUGGUGACUCUGAAGAAUGCAGCAUGUUUUUCUCAAAUCAGUUUUUAAGCAUAAGCUAGCCUGCCGUCUUCUUGAAUAUAAAAGAGAAAUAUUUUAGUUUCAAAAGGAAAGUUGUCUAUUUCGAAAAAGCAAUCAGAGAAUACACAGGAAAUUAUACUGAAGGUUGACUCUAGCAAGGGGCUAUUGUGCCUUCCCAACCCAUGUUGUUUGUGGUGUUUUGUAUUCAUUACAAACUUUACAUGGUGCAGAUACCUUUCCUAUUGUGUUACUAAUACCAUUUAGAAAUACUGUUUACAUGAGACUGGAAACAGGCCAACUAAAAUAUUAGAUCUUUGUGCUAUAGUUUGCACUUAUUUUAGUGGUGUUACAUGAACUUCAAUAUUAAGUGUGCAGCUAUAUUGAGAUGUAUGCUAGUUUUCAAAACUAGAUUAACUUUCAUUUAUUAAAUAGUUGACCAAUAAGCACAAUAUCUACUUUUAAUACAACAGUAUAGAGCAUUAAACUAAAUUACAGUUUUCUGUGACUUGAAUUAUUCUGGAUGCUAUUAGUAAUGUUAUCCCCUCUGAAUGUUUAUACAAAAGUGUGGGGUUUUAUAUUCCAUGUGGUGCCACUUAUUUAAGUUUUGAGCAUAUGUAACUUUCCCAUCUUCUCUGUAUAAUGGUGUCAAUGCACCAGAAUUCCUGUUCCAAGUAUACUCAUUUUCAUUGUAAAAUGCGAUCGUGUCUUCUAACCACUGAAAUGUUCUUAAUUUAGCCCUUACUGGUUAUUUUAUUAAGCAUGUUUUUUCCUGAAAUAAAAACAACACGCUGCCAUGUCCUUAGAUUGCA